AUGGCCUUCCUCGGACGAUCUGAGCCGGCAGGCCUGGCAGGGUCUGACCUUCUGCAACGCGAACGCCAAAGCAGCCCCUCCGUGCAGCGCUCUGAUGCAGCCAGAAGUAUUGCCUCCAACAGCCUGUCGGCCAGAACAAUCUCACAGGACAGUGUGGGCAGGCCCAUUUUCAACAGCAAGCUGGCCUCGAACCUGGAGCAGACAGUAUCAUUGGACGCCGUAAUCAACAGCCUAUGGCGCGUAGGAUCACAGGCGGGCGCUUCAGCGCGUGCUGCAGCGCCGGUCGUUGACGCUCCCAGGCGUGCUGUUGGGCUGGCAUCCAGCGACAGCACGCCAAAGCCUGGACCGCAGAACCGCGCGCUGAGCAGCCCUCGCUUUCUGGCCGCCUGCUGCACGCCCCUGCAGCCGUCUGCAGCCGCCUGCUUGCCCAGCACCUCUGGUAGCUCCGCGGAGGCCACACCAGCUCAAGCUGCGACCGAAGGGCCGGCAACAGUGAGGACACAGGCCAUUUACACAGCAGCCUCAGGGGCAGAGAAUAUUGUGUCAUCUUCAGCGAAGCAUUCAGCACAGCUCAAGCGCAGCCGUGCAGCAUUUGAGACGAAGUCACCAGGUGUUCUGCAGGACAUGACGUCCUCACCGGCUCCUUCCAGACCAAAGCAGCAUGGCCUUCCAACAGUCACCAAGGUGGCAGGCAGGUCUCCGCAGAAAGGCACUGCAGCGAAUGCUCUGGGCAGCCUGAGAGCCCAGCUGCAAGCUGCAGCGAGGCAGACGGCAGCCGCCGCAGCCGAUGAAGCUGAGUGCAGCAGCGCUCAGGCGCCGGAGGACGAUGCAGAGCAUGACGUAAGCAAAGAGCUGCGCCGCGCGAUUGCUGCGUGCAACAGGCUGCGCGAUGAGAUGGAGAACAUGGCCGUGUGGGGGCCGGCAGUGGGGAACCUGGCCGCAGCUGUGGAACUGGAGGAGCCAGAAGAGGCAACGCCGGCACCUGCUGCACCACUGCGCAUGCGCCGGGUCAGCUUCAAUCUGCCGGAGCCACCGCUCAAGCCCAAGGUCAGCACCGCUCCUGCCAGCACCUGCUUUGCGAGCGUCUCUCCGAGAAAGGUGGCGCCGUGGUCCCGGCAGCAGCAGCCGGCGCUGUCGAAGAGGAGGCCAGGCAGCCAGUCGCCGCACAAGCCCUUGAGAGGGUCGCGCCUGCCGGGCAGCCCCCACCACUGCUGGGCUCGCCCCUCUGCCCAGGCCACGCUGCACACCGCACCCCCGCACCUGCCCGCAGCAAGCCACCCCGCCAGGCCCCCACAAGAUGCCAGGGAUGAUCACGAGGCGGAGGAGGAAGAGGCGGGACUGCUGAACCUGGUGCGGCGCCUGUCCUAUGAGCGGCCUGCGCGGCUCCACAAGCGAGCGCGCCUGUCCCCUGGCACCCCAGUGCCGGCCAAGCUGGCGCCGGCGGCGGACAUGGUGGAGCAGGAAUUGAGGGAGGCGUUCAUGAACAGCAGCCUGGCGCAGCACUGGCUGGCGGGCGAGGAGUGGGCCGCCCUCGACUACAACGGCCUCGUGCUCAGCCACACCGCCGCCUCCGCACACCACGCCAAACACCGGGAGGUGUUGGAGCGCAUGACAGCGAGCAAGGGGCAGGAAGCUGCCGAGCAGCUGAUAGAGCAGCUGGACAGGGAGUGGCAGCAGCUGCGGUCCAUCCGGCAGCGCUAUGCUUCAGUACCCACUGCAGCGCAGGGCGCGGGAGGCUGCGGCAGCACAGAGCCCCGGCAGACGCCGGCGAAGAGCAUACUCAAACGGCGCUCGCUGGGAGCCCUGCGAGAAAUCCUGAGCCAGAUGCCUGUCUGCGAGGCGGAGGCCGGCUCAGCUUCUCAGGCAGGGGACAACAUGAAGGCACUCAUGAGUAUGGCUUGA